GUGUGUGGGGAGAAGGGGGAGGGAGUCAGUGAUCCUCUACGGUGCAACAUUGUCUCGGCAGUAACCUCUCUCCAGCGUGGCACUGUCUCUGAGGAGCAGCGGACGUACGGGCUGUGUGUGUUUGUGUUUGUAGCGGUCGAUUUAUUUGACGAUAUUUACACAGUGUGGACUCGUAUGCAACUCGCGUGAGGAUUCGCGGAUUCAUAUCGGUGUAAAACAAACGUGGGAUUUUGGUUCAUUUCCUCGACGGGCCCGGAUACAGCUCGAUACCCAGAGAGAGACUCAACUCCGGUCCUUUCGUCCUGACAUGGACACAGGAAUUGUACCAGAAAAGAAAAGGGUGAGCUCGGAGCGGAGGAAGGAGAAGUCAAGGGAUGCGGCGCGAUGCCGGCGCGGGAAGGAGUCAGAGGUGUUUUACGAGCUGGCCCAGGAGCUGCCCCUGCCCCACAGUGUCAGCUCCAGCCUGGACAAGGCCUCGAUAAUGAGACUCACCAUCAGCUACCUGCGCAUGAGGAAACUGCUCAACGCUGAUGAGCCAAUGGAAGACGAGGAAACAGACCUCGAUUUCCAGUUAAACAGCUCCUACCUAAAGGCUCUCGAGGGUUUUCUCAUGGUGCUGACUGAAGACGGAGAUAUGAUCUAUCUCUCGGAGAAUAUCAACAAGUGCCUUGGGCUGGCACAGUUUGACCUGACCGGACACAGUGUGUUUGACUUCAUACAUCCCUGUGACCAAGAUGAGCUGAGGGAGAUGCUGGUCCACAGAACAGGCACCAAGAAGGCCAAGGAACCAAACACAGAGCGCAGCUUUUUCCUCCGAAUGAAGUGCACUCUCACAAGCAGGGGCCGCACCGUCAAUGUCAAAUCAGCUACAUGGAAGGUGCUCCACUGCUCCGGACAUGUCCAUGUAUAUGACAGCCACACUGAGGAGAGUCCCAACGGGCAAAAAGAGCCACCUAUCCCCUACUUGGUUUUGAUCUGUGACCCCAUCCCGCACCCUUCCAACAUUGAGGUCCCACUGGAUAGCAAGACCUUUCUCAGCCGCCACACAAUGGACAUGAAGUUCACAUAUUGUGACGAGAGGAUCACUGAACUCAUGGGUUAUGAUCCAGAGGACCUGUUGAAUCGUUCUGUGUAUGAGUAUUACCACGCUCAGGACUCAGACCAUCUCACCAAGACUCACCAAAACUUGUUUGCAAAGGGCCAGGUCUGCACAGGCCAGUACCGGAUGUUGGCCAAGAGAGGAGGCUUUGUGUGGGUGGAGACCCAAGCCACUGUCAUCUACAACAACAAGAACUCCCAACCACAGUGUGUCGUCUGUGUCAACUUUGUGCUCAGUGGCAUCCAGGAGGAGAAACUGAUCCUGUCUCUGGAGCAGAUCGAGGAUGUGAAGCCAGUGAAGGCGGAGCUGCAGCAGGAGAAAGAAAAGGCUGUAGUUGAGAGCAGCGAGCCUGAUAUCCCCAGAUCCCCAACCCCUCUGAAGGAGGAGGUGGAGCAGAAGGUCCCAGAGGUGGAUGUGAUCAAACUGUUCACUCAGGCAGUAGCGGCCCAGUCGCUGGUUAGCCUGUAUGACAGGCUGAAGGAGGAGCCCGAGGCCCUCACCCUGCUGGCCCCAGCUCCAGGAGACACCAUCAUCUCCCUGGACUUCAGCUGCCCUGAUUCAGAGAUCCCGAUGAUGAACGAUGUUCCUGUCUACAAUGAUGUAAUGCUUCCCUCCACCAGUGACAAGCUGGCUCUGCCUCUUUCCCCUCUGCCGCCCAGUGAGCCUCUCCACGUCACCACCACAUCUGAGGAUGCAAAAACUCAGCGCUAUAAUCCAGCCCCGUCUACUACACCGGCCAGCUCCUCAGAGCCUGGCAGUCCGCUGGACUUUUGUUUCCCCAUGGAGUCCGAUAUGAGCUCAGAUUUCAAACUCGACUUGGUGGAGAAGCUGUUUGCCAUUGAUACAGAGCCCAAGACCCCCUUCACCACACAGGCACCGGAAGACUUCGAUCUGGAGACGUUAGCUCCCUACAUCCCCAUGGACGAUGACUUCCAGCUGCGCAGUGUGACCCCAGACGAGCCUCUAUCUUGUGAGACAGUUAAAUCCCAUCAGAGUUCUCCAGUAUGCGUCACACAGGACGUCCAUAGCUAUAACUCACCAGGCAGUCGCACAGCUUCUCCGGCACCACCUGAGCCAGCCCCUCAUCUUGCCACCAUCCUUGCUAAGAGGAUCACACAGCUGGACAAAGAAGUAUCGCUCAGCACCCUGGCAGCUCAGAACACACAGCGUAAAAGAAAACUGUGUGACAUAAAAGAGAUGAUUGGAUCGGGAACUCUGCGCCAGGAACAACUGGAGCCGGGCAAAAAGCUGAAGGCAUCAGAGUCAGGAACAACCAGAACCAUACUUCUGCUGCCGUCAGAUUUGGCGAGUCGUCUGCUUGGCAGCACGUCAGAGGGCACGAGUUCCCUCUUCACCCUGCCACAGCUCACCCGCGACGACUGCGAGGUCAACGCCCCCUUACAGGGUCGUCAGUACCUGCUGCAGGGGGAGGAGCUGCUGCGCGCUCUGGACCACGUCAACUGAGUCAUUGCUUAGCCUGCUCACUGCUGAACUAGACUGGACACUACAAUUUCUCCCUCAUAUUGUCACUCCCUCUCAAAGACCCCCAC